AGGAUUUGGUCCUCGGGAGCCGCCAUCACGUCGGCGUAGAUCGGCGUCCCUGGCAGCUGUUUUGUCUGACACUCCUCACAACGUGAAUUCAUCAUCUGUGCGUAGACGGGACUCAAUAGGACAGGGAGGGAGUCAUUCCAAGCAAGGAACCAACGGCAAUCGAGCCAUUUCUCUUGACAAGGGGCCUCCAUCAGUUUUGUCCUUGGUUUCAGGGGUGACUGGAGUAUCAAAUUCAUCAAGCGGAAGUGACUCGACAAUUACACAGAAGAAGUAUUUACUCUCGCAAAACCGCAACGCUGGGCGAGCUCAUGCUACUGAGCUGCCUCCAACAAUACCAAAACCAUCAGAGCAGAACGCUGCCGCCCAAAAGCAAAUGGCCGACAAACCAAGCGUGUUUAGCUAUUUGGAAGAGGGUGAAGAAAAUUAUCCAAAAACCCAGGCAUCAUUGAACGAUAAUCCUGACUUUCUGCCCAUGAACGAGCCUCGCGCUGUACGCCGCCUCGUCGAGGCGGACGGAUUACAGCAUGGCUACUCCAAGGACGCUCAAAGCCAUGGCCCGUCUGUUCCCCGCUCCCGGCCCGAUUCUUACGCUGAGGCUACUGUUCAAAGCGAAAACCUUACGGGCUCUGAGCAUACGCAAGAACAAAUGCCUUAUCAUGACUAUCAUGAACAUCGUCAUCACGAGUCCGUUCCGGCUUCAUCAAACACUGGCUUUCAUUUCAGACCUAUUCCCGGCUCAUACAUCCAUACCCCAUAUGGUCCAUCUGAACCUUCGUUUGACCUAUCUCCGAUCCCUAAUCCUUUCCCGACGAAUAUCGAACCGCACAAAUUCUCUAGCCACGCAAUUGCAACCUCAACGCCCCAACCUCAAUCGCCGAACUUUGUCUCAGGCAUGGGUAUUCCCCUUCCUCCAUUUGUCGCACGACCUCCAUCUCCCACUCGCUCUUUAAGCCCAGAAACCUCCAAGGAAGCAAAAGACGACAUUUCUGGAUACGAGUUACUUGCAUCGAAACUCUCACAUGAUGGAAAUGGAACGACCAGCCUUCAGAUUGACGACACUUUGAACGAGCGAAGGCCUUCGUCAGGAUCUAUGUCUUCUCGUUGCGAAAAAGGAUCCACUUCAAGUGACAAGGAAGAACAUUACUCGCCAGCGUUACCCCCUUUGUACCGCAAAUUUGAAACUCUCAAUCAUCGCAUUUUCUUGCAUCUGCAGGAUGAAAUUGCAGAGCUCGAGGAAGACCUGCGCCGGAUUGACGAUGCUGAUGCCCAGGCGCGCAAAUUCGCUGCUGGAUAUGAUACGUCCGAACCGAUUCCGUCAUCUCGUCGUGCGGAUGCACAGCUCUUGGGAGAACUGCAGAUGAGUCGGAUAGAUGUGCUGGGACGGGCAUUCGUCAAGAUUGGACAAUACAGUAAGUACAGGAAAAUCUUUUACAUAUAUUAUGCAUUCGUGCUCCACCUCUCGAAAGAUGUCAAAGUAUCAUGUCUUUCUCAAGGAGAUUUUUAUCUCAUUUUCAUCUUAAUGUCAUGUCAUAUCCUCAAAUGCUGUCAUAUCAGUUCUCAUGUUAUGCUUUUGCAUGCUCAAGCCUCUUCUCCACGAAAGGCAUCUUCGUGUUUCUCGGCGUUCCCUUGUUUAUAUAGUGCGCAAUCUAACCGUCUGAUCCCCCUUUUUCCCUUGCUAUAAUUCAUUUCUCUCAGUCUGACACAUUGAAUUUCCACUGACAAUCUUGAUAUUAGACUCAGCGCUUGCGUCAUACACACAACUCCUCAAAAACCU